ACCAUUUUAGAGGAAAAAAAGGACUCCUUCAAAAUUUGUCUGCCAAAAUGAAUUUGAAAUUCCUUAAUCCAAACAAAUUAAGUGUCAAUUUACUCAUAUGCUUAGCCGUUAAUAUUGAAAAAUAAUUAUUAUAAUAAUACUAUCAAUACCAAUAAUAUAUUUUUUAAUAAAUAUGAUACAAAAAAAAUUGAAAUAUUUUCUGAAGUGGGGCACAACAUGCAUGAUGAAGCUUAUGACACGGUGGGUUUCAACUUUCAACAUCAAAAGAGCAAGACGGCGGCUCUCGUAUAAGGUGGCCGGCGAGAGGGAAAGAGAAAAAUCGCAAAGUUGAAUUCUUUCCUCUGGUUGACUGAGGAACUGAGAUAUGAUCUGCAAUGGGUUCAAGUUUCACGUGGAUAUUCUGCUAGCUAUUUUGGUCUUGUUUCUUUAUGGCACAAGGCUUUGCUGCAGUCUCAAUAGUGAAGGACAAGCCUUGUUGAGAUUUAAAGAGAGAAUGGUAAGAGACCCAUAUGGUGUCCUGUUGAACUGGAAUGAUGGUAUGAGAAAUGUUAAUCCUUGUUCUUGGUUUGGAGUUGGGUGCAUAGACGGAAAAGUAAUUACCUUAAGUCUGAACAAUCUUUGCCUUGAAGGAACAGUUUCACCUGAGAUAGGAAAACUAGCUUACCUUAAAUCCAUCAAUUUACGUAACAACUCUUUACGUGGACGAGUUCCAGGAGAAAUUGGGAAACUGAAAGAGCUGCAAGUGUUGGAUCUAGGAUAUAAUAACUUCACUGGCCCAUUUCCAACAGAUAUUCUCAACCAUCCUUCAUUGUCGAUUCUUUUACUGGACAACAACAAAUUUCUUGAUUGUCUGUCUCCUGAAAUUCAAGAACUCAAGAUGCUUUCUGAAUUUCAAGUGGAUGAGAAUGAUCUAACCCGUAGUUCUUCUCCUUUGAGUGUGAGGAUCCUAAAACGGAGAUUGCUACAGGCAAUUGAUGCCUCAUCACAAUCUUCAUUGUUUCCUUUAGAACCACAUAUAUCUUUGUCUCUGAGUCCCUCAGUUUCUCCAUCCGAAUCAUUUGCUCCUUCACAUCCACCUUCAGCUUCAACUUCACAACCUGGCUCUGGACCAUCUAUCUCAAUUGUGAGUCCUCCUCCUGAUCAGAGUUCUAAGAGUGACUCCAACCCUAAAAACCGAACUAUGAUUUGGUGCGGAAUAGCAGGAGGGUCUUUGUUUAUUGUUGCUUUCUCUGUUGGCAUCUUCCUCUGUGGACGCAACAAGAUGGUUAUGGUCAGACCUUGGGUCACUGAGUUAAGUGGGAAGCUAAAGAAAGCAUUUCUAACUGGUGUUCCGAAGCUGCAGAGAUUGGAACUGGAAAUUGCUUGUGAAGAUUUCAGUAAUAUAAUUGGGUCUUUAUCUGAUGAUGAUGAUAAUGAAAUGGUUUAUAAAGGGACUCUUUCUAGUGGAGUAGAAAUAGCAGUAAUUUCUUCUGUACCCAUUAAGUCUACUGCUGAAGAUCACUGGUCUAAAUCUUUAGAGACACAGUUCAGAAACAAGAUCGAGACACUCUCGCGGGUAAACCACAAGAACUUUGUGAAUCUCAUUGGAUUUUGUGAAGAAGAGCAACCUUUCACGAGAAUGAUGGUUUUCGAAUACGUUCCUAAUGGAACACUUUUCGAGCAUCUGCACAUACGAGAGGCCGAGCGGUUGGACUGGGGAGCACGGUUAAGAAUAGCAAUGGGGAUUGCUUAUUGUCUCCAACAUAUGCACAAACUAGCUCCUCCCAUUUCUCAUGGAAACCUUAAAUCUUCAUCUGUUUUUCUAACAGAGGAUUACGCAACCAAAUUAUCGGAUUUCAGUUACUGUAACGAAGUAACAGAUCCUGGGAGUGACGUUUAUAACUUUGGCGUGAUUCUAUUGGAGAUUAUAACUGGUAGGUUUCCUUAUUCUCUACACGAAGGCAGCUCACUCGCUGAAUGGACAAACGAGUAUUUGAGCGGGGAACGAUCGAUAAGAGAGGCGGUGGACCCGACUUUAAAAUCAUUCGACGACAAAUUACAACAGAUUGAGAAACUGUUUCAAAUUAUUAGGGAAUGUAUCAUCAUCGAUAAUGAUUCGCGAAAUAUAGUAGUAUUGACAAUGGAGGAGGUAACGGCAAGGAUGAAAGAGAUCACGUCAUUGAGCCCCGAAGGGGUGACGCCAACUGUAUCGCCUUUGUGGUGGGCGGAACUUGAAAUAAUGUCAACUGAAGUAUGUUGAGAA